AUGGCAGAGCAACUUCUUGAUCAGGCCCGCGACCUGUUCGAGGGGCAGAUUGAUUUUGAAGGCCAAAAGCUGGUCGAGGUUCUUGUCAAUGUGGCCCUGACAAUCGUUGGGGCCAUUGCCUUCCUCGUCGGCUAUUUUCUCCAGGAUAUCAAACUCGCCGUUUACAUCGGCCUCAUUGGCACAGCCGCAGUCUUUGUCCUCGUUGUUCCGCCUUGGCCUUUCUACAACCGGAAUCCUGUAAAAUGGCUACCAGUUGGUGGAAUCACGCCUCCAGCAAAUCUCGUGGUCGACGAUAAGAUGUUCAAAUGA